AUGCUGCUUCCUCCGGGGAUCCAUGGCUUUUUUCUCAAGGACAAGAAAUGGGUUCAUCUUCUUGUUGACAACAUUAGGCCGGUGGAUUGGAACAAGGAAGCUUUUGAGAAACUGGUGCUACCUCGUCGCACCAAGCACAUGGUCAAGGCCCUUGUAUUGACCCGGAAAGCAGGAUUAGCAGAUUCUUCGGAUAGCUUAGGCAUAAAGGGAAUGCGCUCAGAUCUAAUAAGGGGAAAAGGAGACGGCCUCAUCAUGCUCCUCCAUGGCGGUCCGGGAACAGGAAAGACACUCACAGCAGAAAGUGUGGCAGAACUUGCUGAAAUGCCCCUGUACAACGUGACAUGCGGCGACAUUGGCACUAAACCAGAUGUUGUUGAGCAGUAUCUCGAUUCUGUCUUCCAUUUAGGAAAAAGAUGGAACUGCGUGCUCCUCCUUGACGAGGCAGAUGUAUUCCUAGAACAGAGAACCCUCUCCGGCCUCAAACGCAAUAGCCUAGUCUCCAUCUUCCUCCGAACGCUCGAAUACUACUCCGGUGUCAUGAUCCUGACCAGCAACCGCGUUAAGACUUUCGACACAGCCUUCAAAUCCCGCAUCCAAGUCGCCCUGCACUACCCGACCCUCGACCAAGCCAGCCGAUACCAAAUCUGGGAGAACUUCCUUGACAUGCUCCGGGCCGACAGCGUGGAUGCCGACUUUGAGGGAAUUGCCACGCACAUGGACGAGCUGGCUGGGCAGGAGAUGAACGGGCGGCAGAUACGCAAUGCUGUCACGACGGCCCGCCAGCUGGCCAUGUUUGAGAAGACUAGCCUGGGUUGGGAUCAUCUUGAGCAGGCUGUUGCUGCGGUCGGGGACUUUGAUAAGCACCUGGACUCGGACCAGCGGCGCCCUUUUGAGGGGGAUGAGUGGACUGUCGAUACCGCUUCCCGAGUGGCGAGAUCUGAGUUGGAGGUCUUGUCGUUCUACCCCGGCCAGAACGUAGAUUAA